CUCACUACCCAUACCAUCUCCUUUCCCUAUUUAUUCAAAUCAGGUAACCAAAAGGAAGAAAAAAAAAAGUAAGAGAAAGAGAAUACACACACAGUUUAAUUAAGUUGUUUUGAGUUGUGACAAGUUGAAAGAUGGAAGUUGUUGAAGAUGAUUUGUUCUUUGCAGACUUGAGUAAGAGGAUCUCGCUUCUGAUCAUGGAUGAUGAUGAAGACCCUACUCUUCACUGUCCUCCUGUUUCGUUUCAGGUUAUCUCUCAAACAAUCCAUCCCAUUCAUAACCAAAUACCAAGUUUUCAUGAGCAAAAUGCUAGAAGGGAAGUAAAAGGAACGGGAGUGUUUAUCCCACGAUCAUCAACAAAUCCAAGGAGAAGUAAGCAAUCAAGAUCCAAGUCAUCCAACACAAGGGUUCAAAGUCAAAGGCAUGUUGAUAAUUCAAGUGGACACUUUCCUCAUGAACCCUACCACAAUCAGACUACUACUAACAAUUGUUACAAUUCCUUGAAUCACAAAAGAUGCUACUGAUCGAUAUCAAUAUAUAUCAAUUAGCUAGCUAAAUAAGCCUUAAUAUACAACUGGAUGUAUAACCUCAAUUCAUCGAAUAUGUAAGUGUGUAUUUACUUUGUUGCAUCUAUUUUUUAUGGAAAAGAUGAGUGAUUUUUGUGGGUA